AUGGAUUGGUUGUAUCCCAAAAGAAGGGGUCCAGAAUGGAAACAAGGUUGGACAAACCAGACACUAGCCUCAGUUUCAGUUCCACCCCUUCCAUUGUUGGCCAUAUUUGCCAUUGUUGUUUUCUUGCUGUCAUUGUCUCAAUACAAUAACUAUAAAGAACAGUUGGAGCAAACUAGGAUCAAUUUGCAGCUAUUUUUCUAUCUACUACCAGUCUUCUUGAUCUUCCUCAUGCGUUCAAGCAUGCUAAAUGGGGGAUUCAGCUUCUGGGGUCCGUCGCAGCCUCGGCACAACAACUCCUUUUAUAAAAGAAGCAGAGCAGAAUUUCCAUGGGGUGUCGCAAUCUUGGUGGUGGUUCUUAUAGUGCUGGUUUCUUAUCAGUCCUCAUUUCAGUCCAAGUGGUUCCCUUUUAGUGGAUCAGAUUAG